GGGUGAAAAAUGGCGGCUUUGGUUUAAUUUUGUUGCUCGACGUUAAACACUGUAGAUAGCUACGUUGCAGUCAUACCUGAUGGGUUAAAUAAUUUAUCGACGAUAAAUUGUGUUUUCUUGUAGUGUCGUUGGUGUGGAUUGAACAAGCACGCACGUUAUGCUGAAACUAUCCGUUUUGAAGGUUGAGAACCCUUCCUGCUUCUGGGGUCGGGUCAUCUGGGCGUCAGGUGGCAACACGCAGACCACAGAACAGUAUGACAAUCUGCACACUCAGAUGAAUCUCUUCUACCACAACAUCAGUUGGAACCUGCGCAAGCUGAAUCCCAGACCGAUAGAGGAAGGGAAGGUAUAUGUUGUGUAUUGGCCAGUGAUGAAGUCAUGGUGUCGGGCCAUGGUGGAGUCUGUAAUCAUGGACUCUGAGUCCUGUAGGGCUCGCUGCCUCCUGGUAGAUCACGGAGAAUGGCUUGUUGCCCCAUCAGACCAGAUCCGAGACGCUGCACAGAACUUCCUUCAGCUGCCUGUCUGGGUAAGGAAGUUCCACCUUGGGGGAAUCCAACCUACAACAUUGCGAGUGUCCUUUCUUGAGAAGGCAAAGCUUGUUCCAUCCACCCGGUGGGACAGCUCUGCUACACUGUACCUGCACAACCUACUAAAAGAUUCGACACAGGCGGAGGCUGUGUUGCUUGAAUCCGAGCCAGAAUCUACCUCCAUCGAGCUCUACUUGACCAUCAGGGACAUUAAGAUUUGUGUGAAUGAUGACCUGGUGGCCAAGGGGUUUGCAUAUUACAGCAGCACCAAGUCCACUGAUGGCAGCGGCCUGGGUGAGGUGGUCCGCUUUCCUGUUGUGCCCUCCAGCGGUCUACACCAGAUUGUCUCCAAGACCUCAAACAAACCACCUUCUGUGAGAGUAAACAGUCUGGCUGCACCCAGGGCUGGUGAUUUGCUAACAGCACCCUCUCCACCUCAGAGCCAAGAACAUGAGCAGAUGAUCUCCAAGGCAUAUGGCAGGUCAGAGGUCACAGAACAGCCUCCAGGCAGCCAAUCAAAGAACAGCUUAGGUGCUGCUGCAGAGAGGGCCUCUUCAGAGGAUCCAGACUUGUCUCCAUCUGCAGCUCUGACCACAGACCUCAGUCUAUUCAGGUCCCUGAAGUCUCUGAAUUCCAGCACUGUCUACCAACAGGAGGCUCACAGUGAACUGAAUGACUGUCAUCCUACAGAGAUGACUUCAGUCUGCAUCACCUGCACAAAACAGGAUGAAUUAACCAGUGAGACGGUAAUACCAGAAGAGGAUGUAUUGCUCUGUAUGAGUGGAAAAAGUGGAGCUGCAAGCUUUGUUGAGAGCAGACAAGUUCACCUGCCAGAUGCAGGUGACGAAACAAGUAGCUCAGAGUCGGGCCCAACAGAGAAGACAUGGAGGUGUAUCGAGGACUGGGCCUGUGCACGGCUUUUGGAGUGGUUGAACCCAGGGCGUCUGAAUCCCAAUCCUCAUGCUGCAGAUGAUGUGGUUGUUCCCAGUGAUCCCAGGAGGAGGGGGAUUCUGCUGCACACUGCUUUCCCAGUGGACCCCUGCACCAACCUGGAUGAUGCCCCCAUCACAGAUGAUCUCCGCCGGGUGUUGCAGAGGAAGCAGUAUAGCACUCUCUCACUAGCUGACCGGUACAGCUGGCCAGCUGUGGCUCGAGGAAGUAACACACUCAUCGUUUCCCACAGCGCUGACCAGCCACUCAGCUACCUUGCCCCUCUUGUCACCCACAUUCUUUAUAACUCCAUCUUCUGCUCCAACACCUACAACACAGGGCCUAUAGCGGUGCUACUCUGUCCAGGCUGGGAGAAGGCCCAGAUGUUGUAUGAUCUUUUGGAGGAGAUCAAGGUUACCCACGUCCUGCACCCUGUCAUCGUGCUGCUGGGUGUUGGCAAAGAUGAGGCCAAGUCUGUCAAGAUCCCCAAAAAUUGCCUGCUAUUAGUGACCACUCCCUUCAGCCUGGUCCUCCUGCUGUCCUGCCGUUGCUUCAUGUUCAUGCGUCUGUACCACGUGGUGUUGGACGAGGCCGACCAACUCUUGACUCAUGCUGCGGACCAGAUGGUGACCAUCUUGCAGCACUUCCAAAAGGUGACCUUCAGUGAGAUAAACGCUUCCUGUCCUAAGCAGCUUAUUGCCGUGGCAAAGCGAUGGGCUGGUGGCAUGGAGGGGUUGGUAGGCACUUACAUGCCAUCCCCAUUCAUUCUCAUAACCAUACCUGAAGAACUCCGGAGCCGCAUGUGGCUCUUCAGUCUCCUUGUUGUGGCUCCCCUCCGGGGGGAGUGCGCGAACCUGGAACAUGCGAAACCCUUCUUGGAAAGCAAAGGCCUCAGCUAUCCCAAACUGGGAGACCUUGAUUGGCUGGAAAAGUUUUAUUUCAUGGUGGAUAUGACCAGUCACUUAAACACGCUGAAUAAAAAUCUCCAUGGAAAGGGAAGCGUGGCCCUGCAGUUGCUGGAGGAUGUUCUGGAAUUUGAGCGCAAGAUGACAGUGUUUGCCAGAGACGUACAAAGAGAGAUAAGUCAGCCCGAUCUUGAAAUUGAACUGGCCAAGAUAGCGGAUAAAGACUUAUGGGUAUCCAAGUUCAAAAGCCUGACAGCGGAUCUCAAAGAAGUCGCCCAUCAGAAGGCCAAUCUGGCUAAACAGCACAAAUGGAAUGAUAUUGAAAACCUCCCCAAACCCGACAAACUUGUUUUUGAAACAUGGAGUGCCAUUCCCGACACAUAUAUGAACAUGAAAAAGUAUGCAUGUGGAGUCCUGUCCAUCUUUGGCUCAACAUACUUAUGUGAGCAAGUUUUCUCGAGCAUGAACUUCAUAAAGACCAAAUAUUGCUCCUGCCUCACAAAUGAGAGCCUACAGUCCUGUGUGAAGACCAAACUCACCCCGACACAGGUUAGCCUCCUGACCCUAGAGAGCAGCAAGAUCUCUGUAAUGCUGGGUGCACUGGAGUUCAACCCAGACAUCAGCCAGAAGACUCUGAUUGUAGCCAGCUCUGCUCAGGAGGUUGAAGAUGUGUUCAAGGUUAUGAAGUCAAAAUCAACAUUCUGCCUCAGGACCCAUGAGGGCUUAACACACCAGUUUGACAAUGUCAUCCAGCAGUGGAGGAAAGAUAUCGGCCCUCGCAGUCAUGUCGUUCUGGUGACCACCACCGGCUGUCUGGAGUGUCUUGGGAUCACAGAUGCAUCUUGUGUCAUCCAUUACAGUUUCCCCACUUCUCGGAAACUGUUUGGCAACCGGCUGUUGUGUAUGGCUGACAACUUCAGAAACCUCGCAGACAGAGAUCAAACAGAGAGCCACCGUUCUCUGGCCAGAUCAGUGCUGCUGAUCUCUGAGAGGAACAUCAGCCAUAUUGUUGGUGUUGUGCGUUACAUGGGACGAACCAACACCCUGUUGCCUCCUGUGCUGCUGUCCUUCACCCAGGGCAUUCUUGUCACCCGAGAGUACGAGAAGACCAACAGGCCUCUGUGCAGCUACCUGAAGUCCUUUGGAGUCUGCAGAGACAGCAGUAUGUGUCCCGACCGUCACAGGCUCAUUUCCCAGCUGGAUCAAUCUGAGCUCCCUGCCUCUGGAGUUAUACAGGUUGUGCCUCUAUAUGUGAAGACAGCAUCACUGUUGUACGGUCAUAUCAUCGGCAAAGAUGAUGGUGGGUUUCACAUCAUGACAUCGGAAAUGGCAUCUUACUACGCCGACAGGAAACCAGGAGCCAAAGAGAUGCUGGUGGGAGGCCUAUAUGCUGUGGAGGAGGAUGACGUCUUCCACAGGGUGAAGAUUCUCCCUGUUCCCGACAGACAUGACGGUCUGUUUUUCAGGGUUCAGUUUAUUGACGUGGGAAAGGAGCAGGUGCUGAAGUCCUGCCAGAUCCUCGAGCUGCCAGAGCAGUUCCACUCACUGCCCAGCCAGGCUGUGGAAAUGAUCAUCUGCCACGUCAAACCGGUCAAUGCUGAGAAGAACUGGCACCCCAAGGUGACCAGAACCAUCGGGCAGAAGAUCAGAGGUCUGGUGCACCAAGCCACGGCAGUUCUUAGUCUGGGAAACACAGUUUUUGUUGAUCCCAUGGUCCGGGUUAGGCAAGUCCCAGGUUUGAAAACCGUUAUUAAUGAAUACAACAUCCAGUCUGAGAUCCUCAAGACUGGGAUGGCAGUCCCCAACCCAGACCAUGUGGCUUUGCUCAGAGCGCUGUGGCAGGAGGAGCCCAGCAGCGGUACUGAGGCUGUUCACAUUUUUGGGUGAGGUGACGAUUCAGCUGAUCUAUUAUUAUUAUUAUUA